GCAAGUGGCCUUGACACAUGGAUUUCAUUCCAAAAAUGCAAACUAGUUUUAAAAGAUUGCAUUACAUUAAAAAUUUAAUUUAAUUGAGUGCAACCAACCUGGAUUCUGUUUGCUAUCUUAGAGAAGAACAAGAUGGGAGUCACAGCUAUACUCAUGCUGCCUUUGCUGCUCUUGGGAAUCAGUGGCCUUCUCUUUAUCUACCAAGAGGUGUCCAGGUUGUGGUCAAAGUCAGCUGUGCAGAACAAAGUCGUGGUGAUUACUGAUGCCAUCUCAAGUCUGGGCAAGGAGUGUGCUCGGAUAUUCCACACAGGUGGCGCAAGGUUAGUGCUAUGUGGAAAGAACUGGGAGAAACUAGAGACUCUACAGGAUUCAUUGACCAGUGUAGCUGACCCAAGCAAGACAUUCACUCCGAAGUUGAUCCUCUUGGACCUAUCAGACAUCAGUUGUGUUCAGGAUGUGGCAAAAGAAAUCCUGGAUUGCUAUGGUUGCGUGGAUAUCCUCAUCAACAAUGCCAGCAUGAAGGUGAAGGGACCUGCUCAUAAGAUUUCACUGGAGCUUGACAAAAAGAUCAUGGAUGCCAACUUUUUUGGACCCAUCACCUUGACCAAAGUUCUGCUUCCCAACAUGCUCUCCCGGAGGACGGGCCAAAUCAUAUUAGUGAAUAACAUUCAAGGGAAGUUUGGGAUCCCAUUCCGUACAUCUUAUGCGGCCUCCAAGCAUGCUGUGCUGGGCUUCUUUGACUGCCUCCGAGCUGAAGUGGAGGAAUAUGAUGUUGUGGUCAGCACUGUGAGUCCAACGUUUAUCCGAUCUUACCACAGCUCUACUGGCCAAGGAACUUCUAUUUGGAGAUUCUUUUUCAGGAAGCUGACCUAUGGGGUUCACCCCGUGGAUGUGGCUGAGGAGGUGAUGCGCACCGUGAGGCGGAGGAAGCAGGAGGUCUUCAUGGCCAACCCCAUCCCCAGGGCUGCUGUGUACACCCGCACCUUCUUCCCAGAGUUCUUUUUCGCUGUGGUGGCCUGUGGGGUGAAGGAAAAGCUGAAUGUCCCAGAAGAGAAUUAAUGGCAGGCGACCAUAUAGAUCACCCUGAAGGGAAUAAAGAUUUUCUUGGAAGAUACUUGUUUCUACACGAUGAUAAACGCUGGAACCCCCAAGUGUUAUCAUUGGUAAUUUGGAGGUAUUUCCCAUUCCCCCAUUCCAGGACACUCUUCCAGAAAGAGGAAACUUCAGGUUGUCUAACAAGUCCAGCAUAUAGACACACACACCACACCACACACACAGACACACAAAAACUCAUAUUCACACAAAACUGAAUGAACAGAACUUCUUGCAACCAUGGAAUUAUCCUGUAAGUCCGUUGUUGAUAAUGGCAGCAGCAAACCACGCACCACAUGUUGCCAUUAGCACUUAUAAUGUAUUCUGGAAAUUGAGUUUAUUUUCUAUGUUAAUUUGAAUUUAAAUAGCUACAUGUAUCUAGUAACUCCUAGGUUGGUGACAUGCAAAAAUCAGUCUCCUUUCCAGACUUACUUGCUUCCAGGAGGAACCCAGUAACAAGUUAUGUUUUUAAAACCUCUUUUAAUUCUUUUUUUUUUUGGUUUUGGGGCCACACCGGGCAAUGCUCAGGAGGGAGGAUCAUUAUGGUAUGACAGAGAUCAAACCCAGUUAGGCUGAGUACCCAGUGUACUAUGACUCUGACCCACUAUUCUUUUUAAAAAGAGAUUCUCAAACUAUUCCGAAAUGCAAUAUAUUUGAGAGCAUCUGCAAUGGAAUCUCCUCCUCAUUUCAGCCUUUGCUUAUGUUUUCAAAACAAAACAGUUUUAUUUAUAAUUACCAUCCUAGUUAUUAGUGUGUCCUGUUAUCCCUUUAAUUUUGACAUCAAAUUAAUUAUUCUUUGAAAGUAUAGUGUGUUUUUAACAAAUUUGUACAAAGUAUCUUCAAAAGUAUAGUGUACACAAUUUGCACUAUUUUUUAACUACAGCAGCAAAUUUUCUAAUAGUUAUAGAUGAAAAACUGCUCAAAUUUCUUCCUAACUCAAGCCAUUUAAGGAAGUAAGAAAGGAGAGGAGAAUGAAAGACUGUCUUGGAAGUGUUGUAGGUGACUUAUGUGAAGUGAGGAUAACUACUCAUUAUCCACCUUAGUCACCUGGGAAGUGCAUGGAUGGUUUAGAAUUGAUGAAAGUCUUCUUUGAGCAAUGGCAUGGCACAGACAUUUCUUUAUUAAAUUUAAUUUUAUUUUUAUAAAGUUGCUCACAAUAAUUUAUUACAAUUACACUAUCAUCAACACCAUAUUUCAAAAUUUUCCAUCCUACAUCUAAAGCCUGCCCCCAAAGCAGGUCUUAAAUAUUCUGUUUUGUAUUGCUUGUUAUGAAUAAUCUGCUAAAAAACAAUCCAAUAAAGCUUCCUUAGAGGAAA